AGGAUGCCGCGCGCCGCGGAGGGCGGCAGCCAAUGAGCGCGGAGGACGCGGGGGCACACGGCAAGGUGAGCCUCUCGCAGCCGCCGCCGCCGCAGCCCUGAGCGGACCCCGCGCAGAUUAAGCAAAAUGCAGGCUCCUUUGGCUCUCCUCAGCUCUCCAGCUCUGUUCCGGUGCUGUUCCAGGGCCCUGGCCAGACCAGUUUCAGUGUCUGUUUUCAGCAGGCCGGAGGUUCAGACUGUACAGCCAGCUGGCAUUUCCUAUCCACAGCUGACCCGCCGUGAGUUCCAAACCAGUGCCGUUUCCAGGGAUAUUGACACUGCUGCUAAGUUCAUUGGUGCUGGUGCUGCCACAGUUGGGGUGGCUGGUUCAGGAGCAGGCAUUGGGACAGUGUUCGGCAGCUUGAUCAUUGGCUAUGCCAGGAAUCCAUCUCUCAAGCAGCAGCUUUUCUCCUAUGCCAUCCUGGGCUUUGCCCUGUCUGAGGCCAUGGGUCUCUUCUGUUUGAUGGUGGCAUUCCUUAUCCUCUUUGCUAUGUGACAACUUCUGGUCCUGGCUGCGGCUUCCAUCACUCUGUCCUCUGCGGUUUGAGUCUGCUUCCAUCAGAGCGUUCCAGACUGACAAUUAAAGAAAAGAUUUCUCUAAAUAAA